AUGUUCAGCCGCUUCAGCAGCAAGCCCAAAGCCCCGCCGCCCCCACCAGCGGACGCCCCGCCUUUGCCGCCCCCAGCCGACCCACCGCCGCCUGGCGCGACCAUCGCCGCGCCUGCAGUGCCUGGCGCGGCCUUCGGGGCCUUUGAGGAGCCGCCCGAGGCGCCGCCAAUCGCUUCCCCCGAGGCGCCGCCGGAGCCGCCAGCGCCCAAAGCGCCCGAGGCGCCGAAGGCCAAAGCGUCUGGCGGAUGGUUCAGCUCACUUUUUGUCUCAAAACCCAAAGCACCCAGCCCGCCGCCGGUGCCCAGCCCGCCUGGUCCACCGGCCCCGGCGACGGAGCCGGCACCAGCGCCAGCCCCGGCGAUCGCAGGAGCUGCAGCACCUGCGACGGUACCAGCUCUGGCACCUCCAACGAGGACAUUUCCCCCCGCAACCACACUGCCCCCACCGAGCGCCUUGCCUCCUCCAACCACCUUACCCCCGCCCACACUGCCGCCACCAGCCACCUCACCGGCACCCGCGGCGCAGCCGGCCACAGCUCCCGCUGCAGCCACGGCGCCGGCGCUGGCAGCACCUGCGGCGCCUGCGGCUCCAGCGGCGCUGGCGCAGCCGCAGCCAACAGGCCCGCCACUGGGCACUCUACCGCCGCCCCUGCGGCGCCCCGCGCCGAAUCCGCGGCGGCCGCCGCAGAUGCGGCCGCAGGACUUGGAGGAUGCGGUGCAGAGUUGGCUGUCAACGUGGCAGGACUGCCGCCCGCUCGGCAAAAGCCCAGAAGUCGCGGGCUCGUGCGGCCAAGAGCAGUCCCGGCUCUUCGUUCUGCGCGUCACCUGUGUCGGGGAGGCAGAGGUACCUAUCGCAGCCUCCGGGACACUGCAGAGGCAAGCUUUGGCGCGCCUGGCGCGCGCGGCAGAAGAGGAGAUUCCUGAGGCUUUGGGACUUCACGUGCGCCUGUCCUUCCUCUACACGCCUUUAGGGGGCAGGCCUGAGCUCUACGGGCACAGCUUCUCAGGGCCGCGGCUCCGAAUCCAACGCGUCCAGAGCCGCAUGGCUGCCAACAGCACCGAGGGCAGCUUCCUGGUCCACGCUGUCGCAGAGCCCCCGGUGCUCUUCUACUUUCGCUCUGCGGCAACCAGCAAAGAACUGCAGCUGCUGGCAGAAGUCUUGGCCUUCGAGGAUCCUCCAAAACAGACUGCUCCUGGGUCGCCUCCGGUGAACAGGAUUUGGCAAAUCUCGCCCAAAGCGAAGGCGAAGCCUAAGGCCAAGGCAGCUCCGAAGCCGAAGCCGAAGCCGAAGCCCAAAGCCAAGGCGAACGCAGCGCCAGGUGGAGCCCCCCAACAAAGUCCAGGGGAGGUGAUGGCCCUGGACCAGCGCGGCUUCAAGCCCUUGGCCGCGCCGCCCGGCGGGCGCGCGGAGUCCUCCUGGCCGCCGCUGGCGGCGAAGUACCCGGGGCCGUUGUUCGGGGACGCAGAGCCGGAGGCGGUGCUGGGCUGGGCGGUGCUGAGUUUCGACCUGGCCACGGAGAGCCGCAGAAGUCAGCGGGGCAAGCUGCGGCCCGGCAAGCUCCGGGAUCACCUCCAAGGCGCCAGCAGUGGUUUCGUGGACUUGCAGCUGAACCAGCUGCUGGCGCACCCCAAGGUUCCGGCCGGAAAGCAGCAGCCCUUCAUUGAGACCGAUUUGCAGGUUGUGCCGCUGGACGAUGCUGCGCGCCGGCUGCUGCCACUGGACUUCCCCGCCGCCACGGAAGCCAUCCGCAUGGGUGGACUAGAGCUGACCGAGGACGCCUCGGGGCUUCAAGUGGACGGGGACCUCUGCCCCAACGUCCUGGCACCAGACACCUUUGUCCGAGGCUUAUUGGUGACCUUCCCAGAUUCGGGCUGGCUGGACAAUGUCAUCCGGUCUUUGCCUGCGCCGGCGGCACCGGGAACGACAGCGUCGGCUGUGCCAGUGGCCUCGGCUCCGUGGCAACUGCUGGAGAUCCAAGCCCUCGUUGGUUCUCACAACACCUUGCGGUGGCUCGACGAGCCGCUGAAAGGACUCUCAGAGGCGAUGGCGGCCCACUACCCGCUGGACGAGUCGGGCCAGACCUGGCGCCUCAAGAUGGAGAAGCUGGAGGACGGCCAGCGCUACUGGUUCGGGGGAGAGGUGCCCUUGGAGUUCGUGUGCCACCCCGACUGCGCUGUUGUGGUGGAGUUGGUGGCGCUUGUCCAAGCACCCAGCGCUACGACCGAGGCCACAGCACCGCUCCUGGGAGCAGAGGCGCAGCAGGGCGUUGUGCGCAAGCAGACGCUGGGCUGGAUGCUGCUGUUGCCCUUCUACCACGCGACAAGUGAGGAGCUCCUGAAAGCGGCCGCCAGCUCUGGGGAGCGCGCCUCUCUCAGCUUCGACGUGGAAUUCUUCGCAGGGCCGGGCUUGUCCCUGCUGGGGGAGGAGGUGUGGCCCACCACGGCGCAGACAAGCCUUACAACCAGGCCAGAGGACAUUGGCAGCCGCCCGGUGCGUCCUGCAGUGCUAGCCAGCCGGCUCCGCGGCAGCUUCCAGCUGUGCGGGGAUCGGGUCGUGCAGUGGUUGCGGCAGCAUAUUCCGCUGCCUCCACCAGAGAUACAGCAGCCGAUGACCCAGCCGUCCACGUCUACACUACAGCCAAUGUUGCCGCGGCAGCCGGUCCCAAUGCCUGCGCAGCCAGUGCAGCCGUCUAUGUUGCAGCCUUUGCAGCCGUUCACUUCCACCUUGCCCAAGGCAGCUGUUGCUGUGCCGACGGUGCGUCAGGAGUUGCCAGAUGCUCGUUUUCCUGGAACCGCUCCCGUUUUCCCGGGCGCGGCCUCUCUGGGCCCAGCUGCGGGGCUUGCAGCUACGGCACCGGUGGUGGAGAAGAUCUACCUGCGGGACCAGGCGGUGCAGAGUGACCCACCGCCCCUGGGCUUCGAGGACAAUCUGAUCGGCGAAGGGGCGCCUCAGAAGAGCCAAGCCGUGGGCACCGCGCCUGCGUCGCGGCCAUUGGGCGCCUUGGACCGCGCCCAUCUGCUGGCCGCUGCGGCUCCCGCGCUGGCCAGCGUGCCGGCCGUUGCGACGUCCGGGCCGCGGAUCCCGUCGACGGCGCCGCCGCAGCCGGCGCCGCCCUCGGCGCCGCCAGGGGAGAGCGUGCCCAAAAGGAGGGAGCUGCGGUGGAAGUUCGAGGAUGAGGACCUCCUGCAGGGGGAUGAGAUCACGCUGGAGUUCCUGAGCUUCCGAAGCUUCUCCGACCUCUCAGGCGAGCGCGUCUACUUCCAGCUCCGUUUCUUCCUCUUCCCCGAGCUGAGGACCGCCGCCUGCGCCCUGACGGCGAAGGCUGGGGAGGCGAGCCUCCUGCGGAGCAGCGUGACCAACGAGCGCCUGGCGGCGGUGUACAGCUCGGACGGCUACUCCGUGGCCUCCACGGCGAAGUCCGCCGCCUUUGUGCACCGCCGCCUCGUGGAGUUCCUCUCCGCACGCACCGUGGAGGUGGAGCUUUGGAGCGCGGACUCAGAGAUGCAGAUCGGCGUUGCCUCAGUGGCACUGGAGUCCUUGGUGCGGCAAGGGCACCAGGUGGCCAAGACGGAACAGGACUUCGCGGUGUUGGAGCCCUUCACCGGGGAGCCCAACGGCACCUUGCGGGUCUUACUGGUGAAUCGCGGCCAGCCGCCCACCUCCUACAAGGAGCUCACCAAACCGCCGCCGCCACCACCAGAGGCGCCCGGCUCGCCGCCGCCGAGCUCCUCGCCCACCCGCAAGAGCCGGCACAAGGUGUCGGCGCUGGCCACGGAGAAUCGGGCGUCGGGCGGCUUAGCGGAGGAGCUAAACCAGCAGAAGCACGAGCGUCUCCGGCAGCUGCGCAUGCUGCGCCAGGACGCGGAUCAUGGCCUCUCGCAGCACGGGGCGAUGCUCGCCGCCGCGGAGUCGCUGCGGCAGGACCGGAAGCGGCAGGAGGUGGCGCGGCGCAUGGACCGCUUCAACACCUCCCAGCUCGCGGUGACCUCGGCCUUCGCCUCGCCCUCCUACUUCACGGUGGAGUUCACCAACCCCUACGGCCAGCAGGCGACCUUCUACGCGCACGUGCUGACAAGGGGCGAGCAGAAGAUCCCAGAGAUCGCGAGCCACGUGCCGCCGCAGCAGCCUUUGCAGGGAGUUUUGCCUGGGCCACCAGAGCAGAACCUUAUGCUCAUCAAGGAUCCGGAGGAGUGGCGGCGUCUGGCUUCAUUGGAGCUGGUGCCCGGUGCUCCCUCAGGGGACUUUGGGCGACUGGCCGCGGCAACCUUCGUGCUGAACCCGCGGGAAACCAUCAGCCUGCCCUUUCGGCACCUCGACUUCAACUUCCCCGGCCUUGACCAGCAGGUGGCUCCGAAAGGCGCCUUGCGACUGGCGGACGUGGCAGCCUUGCUGGGGCCCAACGCCCGGGAGUACAUCGUUGAGGUCGGGCUCCAUCAGGGCCCCGUGCUUCGGCGAGUGGAGGUCUCUGUGGUGCCCCAGCCCAGCGCGGUGGAUCGCAACAUCCGCUUCUUUGAGGCCGAGGGGGCUCCAGUGGAGAAGGCGCUCUCCGUGCCACCGGCCCCCGAGUCGUCUGGCGGUGGCGGCUGCUUUGUCUACUGCACGAACCGCAGUGUACAUGUUCAGCGAAGUCAUCAGGAGGAGGUGACAUUGAGAUUCCUGGCCCCGCAGUCACCCGGUAUGUUCUCUUUCUUUGUGGUCUUCUAUGCGGAUGCGCAUUUCAGCCAAUUGGUGGCCGCGCAGCUGAUCCAAGUGCAGGGUAUGCGCACUGAGCGGAUUCGUCUGGUUGCAGGGCAGAGCAUCGAGCGCUCGAUUUGCUUGGCUCCAGCAGAGGUUCUGGAUGCUGGCACGGUACGCUUGCACUCCUCCAACCCCGAGGUCGUCGCGGUGCAGCAGACGGCCGAGGUGGAUCCUCGCUACGGGGUGAAGUUCACGGUGAUGAUGACGUCCAUGCAGGUCGGCACCAAGAACUGCCGGCUCCACGCCGUGGACCCGGCGAUCCGGCGCCUUGUGGCGGCCAUGCUGAUUGUGAUCGCAGCAGAUCCACCCGAGAUCAAGAUGGUCCACAGCAUCACUCUGCCCGUUCUGACGGCUGUGCGCAAGCGCUUGCUCUACAAGAACGAGGCUGUGCGCCCGCUCAAGUACGCCGUGCGCUGCUCCGAGCCUGCCUUGGUGUCGGUUCAGUCGCCAGAGCUGGUGAUCAACUCCUUGGACACGAGAUGCAUCGAGUUGUUGUUUCAUGCUGUGCCGGCCACGCUGUCCUACAGCGCGGAGGUCUUCCUUUUCAUUACCUCCGAUGAUCGUGCCAUCUCUGAGACGAGAUUGCUUCAGCUGUCGUACACCUGA